AUUAUUGCCUUGUUUCCCGGUUGUCAAGUUUUGCAACCACACCGCCGCAAGCUGCCUUUGUAUCACAACUCCCAUCUUGCAUCAGGAGACAGGGAGCGUUGGCGGCGUCGCUUAAUACUUCCCACCCUCGGGCAGAGCCGGUGACGACUCUCUCGCGGAAUAGAAGCAGCACCCGGAAUAUUCUGUUUGCAAAAGGCGGGGGGAAAUAAAAGUGGAGACGGAUGUUGCUAGUUGGAUAUGUGUAAAGUGGAGAUUUAGCGAGCACGGGUUUACAGGUUGCCUGCACCGCCCUUGGUUACCCCGGAAGCGCGCGAGAUUCGAAUGUUGGCCCGGGCCCGGGGACGUUCCACAGCGCGAGAGAUCGGCGGCGCCAGCAGCAGGAUGGUGUCGGAGGCCAGGGUCUCUGAUAUCCAAGAAAAAAUCGACUUCGAAAGUCGGAUGCGGGAAGGGACCUGCAAGCUUCUUGCUGCUUCCACUCAGCGGGAUCAGGUGCUACAUGCUGCCAAAAACCUGCUGACCUGUAAUGCCCGCAUAAUCCGCUACAUGGCCGAGUUACAGAAACACUCAGAGGAUCAGAUCCUGCCCAAAGUGUCAAGGAGGUCUUUGGAUGCUGAGACAAAAGAGCAUAUGCCAUGUUCUGGAAAAGUUGCAAUAUCUGAUGUCCGAAUUCCAUUAAUGUGGAAAGACUCGGAUCACUUUAACUACCGUGGCAGGAGCCAGCGAUUUGCUGUGUUUUGCCUGCUGAAGAUUGAAGCUCAGAUUUUUGACACAGAGAUGGUCAUCGUAGAUAAGGCUCUCACUGACAUCUGUUUUGAGGAUUUGAUAAUUUUCAAUGAUGUGAAGCCAGAUUUUGAGUUGAAGUUGGAAUUGUACAGUUGCUGCAUGGACGAAGUGCCUUCCAUUGCCAACACUCCUAAGAGACUAGCCAGAAAACUAAGUAAUUCACUCACCAGGUCAACUGGAAAGAAGCUCAUGACCACCCUGAAGAGUGGAGACCUUGACUCCCUCCUGCUGACCAACCCAGUAGCAGCCGGAGCCAAAUAUAAUUUGCUCGCAGAAGCCACAUUAAAUCUUGAUGAUACUGAAAAUGGCUUCCGAACUCAUAGCCUCACUAUUGUAGGAAAUGAGGAAGCUUCCUUCUGGCUGCCCUUGUAUGGGCACGUAUGUUGUCGAUUAGUGGCUCAGCCUGAGUGCAUGACAAAAGAUAUGAUUGCUGGAUACCUCAAUCUGCAGCAAAAUGUAGGAGGCCUCCCCAACUGGACGAGGUUGUACUGUGUCCUGAAGAGUGGCUAUCUCAUGGCGUAUUACUCUCCUGAAGAAAUUGAAGCCCGGGUAGAUCCUGCACUAAACAUUGCCAUCGAUAAGGAAACCAGAAUACGGACCCUGGAGAAAGAUUCAAAGAAAAAGACACACAGUUUUUCCCUGAUCAACCCCUACAGCGGGGAGACAACCAGCCGGGUGUUUGCUGCGGACUCUGAGGCUGAUCUACAGCAAUGGAUGGAGGCUCUCUGGCAGCACUUCUGUGAUAUGAGCCAGUGGAAGCAUUGUUGCAAAGAGCUUAUGAAAAUUGAGAUUAUGUCACCACGGAAACCACCUUUAUUCCUCACAAAACAAGCAACUUCAGUCUACCAUGAUAUGAACAUCGAGUCUCCAGUGAAGGAUGAGAGUCUAGUGGAUAUUAUCCGUAAUCGAAUCCAGGAGACGGACGGGGAAUUCCUGCUAGGUCAGCAGGAGGAGUCCAAUCCCCCACGAUGGGCAGCUCUCUUUGACGGCACUCACGACGUGGUCUUCCAGAAAAGCACACUGACAACAGAUGGGCCAAGCCCUCCUACCCCAGUGUCUCCAGGGAGAGCCAAGAAACGACCAGCCCCUGCUCCACCCGCAGGAAAGCUGCCAUACCGGCCGGGAAAUUCUGACCCGGAUCAGACCCUGAAAGAGAACACCUGGAAAACCCCAUUAUCUUCUGGCAGAGGGGCCAAGCUGCAGCGUGCUCCUCCUGUGCCUGGGCCACACAAUAAGGUUCCAAGUGAGGACACCUCCCAGGCAACAGCCAAGCCUCCUCCGCCAGCCAGGCCAGUACCUGUUGCCCAUUAGCAAAGCCCCGUCAGGUCUAAGUUUGACUCCAGAACCUGAACUCCGUCUGAAGCGUAGGGUGUUUUUGAGAUGGAUGCACAACACACAGAAACUUCGGGAAACGUCACUUGUUCUUUAGUAUGAACAUUGUUUAUUGUGGAUUUCCCGGAUGCACCUAAAUGUUUAGCAUUAACAUGUCACUUAAAGGGACCAGUCAUUCACCUGAAUUAUUGGUUUAUACCUGAAUAUUUUUGUCAGAAUUUUGUGUCCUAUAUUUUCAAAACCUGUCCGUGCAAUUUGUACAAAACCCAGAACUUUCCGCACACCAACAACUAAAAUAAUUCUACUUCAGGAAAUCUUUCCCCACCUUUUUUUCUCAUCCCAACCUUUCUAAAUAAACAAAAGGUUUGUUUCAGUGAAAAGUGAAAUUUAAGAAUAGCGAAAGAUUAACAUUCAAAUACAGGCCGUCCUCAGGUUACAAUGCCCAACUUAUGGACACCCCUAUAUAUGAACAAGCUCCCAUUAUAUUAAAUUCAAAAGUCCGAUGUAGAUACAUACAUUUGUUCCUAUGAGCGGCAGAACUGGUUUCCUCUCUCUGUCCACUUUUAGUAAUUAUUCUUUCUUAUCAGUCUUAUGUGCUUUUGAUCCCAUUCAUUACAAUACCAUGGAGGUAUGGUUUCCAUCUCAAGUGAUUUUUGUGUAUUUUCAAACUUGCGGACAAUAUUGAUUUAUGGAUGUCUAUAAAAACGGAACCCGUUCAUUACCUGGGGGUGGCCUGUGCUUGAUUUGUUUUAUCCAUGUGUCUGUGCUGAUUGUGAAGAAUGUGGGGUAGAAAAGAAUUUCAAAAGUUUGUACUUUGUCCAAAUUUAACAUUUUUUUCAAGCUGCAGGCAGCUCCUGGAGAUCCCAAAUUUCUUGGGUGAGUUAUGCUCUGUUUUCCAUUGUGGACACUUCUUUUAAAAAAAAGAGUAACCCUGCUGCUGGGAGAAUGUUUUUACUGUUAUCAUUAACUGAAAAGUUAAAUGAACAUUGUACAAAAUGAAGCACUUCCAUGUGACCACUCCCAAUUCUUUUAUUUCCAAAAGUCUCAGCUCAACAAUUUUCAAAGAAGGGCUUGCAUUUUUAAGGUGCCUUUCUUGCCUCGGAUCAUAGUUUUGAAGUGUAGUCCCUGUCACAAUGCAGCAGCCAGUUUGGACGCAAGAUCCCACCUAUAGCAAUGUGACAAAGAGUAGAUAAACUACGUUAAGGAAUAAAUACUGAAUGCAUCCGUGAAUGCUAGAAGGAAUUCCAUUUGACACUGUUUUGAAGAACAAUUUAGAACUACCUGAGGGCUGAUCCCACGUCAUUCUGACUGAGCAUUCCGCACUGAGCUGUGAUUGGAACUUACCUGCAUUUAUGAGGUGCUCUAAUCCAUCUAGUUUCCUUGUUCUCUGGCUGCUGCUCUUCAUCUUGAAGGUGGAAUCUGUAUCUACCAAAUAUAAUUUGUACUUGGCUGAAAACCCAGUUCCAAAGGCAGGCUUUCCAGUUAUCUGGAGUUCAGUGAUUUGUGAUGAUUUUGAGAUGCUUCAGCACAUCGUUGAAGGUGUUGGCAGAGUUCCAGGGCUGCUUCCUUUUGGUGAGGCAGAGUGGGGGUAAGCGUUUCAGCUUCUUGGUCAGCUCUCCCAUUGGACUACAGUCCAACCGGUACCAAUUCUCUGGUUCCCUUGCACAGUCAUUCAUUGGUGACAUCUUGGAAUUAAAUGAUUUGGGAUUAGUGCAGGAGAGUGAUGCUGAGGAAAAAGAUUGGCCAUGGCCUUAUUGAAUAGCAUAGUUGAUAUGAGGUGGAUUGGUCUAGUUCUGCUAUUUUUUUUAUUCGAUUAUUUGACUGAUUUCCCCCUAUUCCAGUCACAUGCUAUCCCAUUAUGCUAUCAAAGGUCGAGUAGUCGUGUUUAACCGAGACUGAUUUUGGAUUGGGGAGGAAUAUCUGCCUUUCCUUUCUUGGCAACCCAACAGAAACUCAAUUAUCCCCUAACCCAAAUGUACAGUGGGACCAUUUUUCCCUAAGUGUGCUAAGUCGCAUUUAUUAAUGCGUCUUUGUAUUUGGUACUUGUUUGUUAAAUCUCGCAAUGUUUGUCGCACGCCGUAAUUUAGAAUCAUUAAUUUUUUUGUACAUCUUUUAAAGAUUUUAACAAUAGUUGUUACUAAUAAUAACUGAUGUUUACUAUUUUUGGAGUAAAUAGUUGAAAGCAUUGUUGUAUUUUUGAUGUGAUAUGGGAUCUAGAAAAUAGGCUCCUAUUUUUAACUGUGGAAUGUAGAUUAAUGUUAUAAGAAAUAAUGAACCAGAUUUAACUAUAACUAUGCAGUUACUGGUGUUCACUGUUUGGCCUUACUUUGCAUUCAAAAACCCCUUGCCUGCAAAGUUGUUAAAAGUAUGAACUGAUAAUGGCACAGUGAGGGAAAUGGGGAAGCCAGCAGUGUAUUUCCUUAAGCAGAGAGAAAAAGUUGGGAAAUAAACAGCACAUUGAAUUGUAGGGGAUUAAUUAAAUGUCAUCAGGUGCAGGAAGAGAAAUAAAAAUGAAAGAAAGUUUGGACUCUGAGAGGAAAAACAAAGAAAAAGGCAAAUUUGAUUUUUUUACUUCUAAGAAUGGAACAUUUUUAAAAUCCCCGACACAAAAUAAAAACUGAAUGGAAUGAGGCUUGUGAUGGAUAAUUUGUAAUACCAGGAUUGAUAAUGGUAAUUAAUAAUUAUUACCUUGCUAAAAGAUCAGUGGUUAGUCUAGUUUCAUUUGACGUAUAUCAUUGACGAGACAGACAGUGAGGUGCUGUUUUCACAGAGCUAAUGUCAGAGCAGUGCAACUCAGAUAGAAACAUCGGGGUGUUGGCAUUUAACCACGCAUCACUGAUUGCCUGGAGGUGCUGUAGCAUUUACAUUUGAUUAAUGACGAACAUCAUUAGCUUCAUUGUUAUUUUGACAAAGUGGCCAGUAGUGUUGAAAAGUAUAUGAACUGCGAGAGUAUAUGUUAUGGUUAGAUGACUAGCAGAAAAUGUAGCUGUCAGGAAAUUGAGAUUAAAUUAAAUAUGAUUCAACAGUUUUUUUUGAUGUGUAAGUGUUUCUUAUUGUACCCUUAGCAACAUUACAUGCAAUGAUUUAACACUAAUGCUACUGGUUUCCGUUCUCUCUGUGGCUUUCAAAAUUAAAUUUCAUUCCUGAU